AUGGCCGACUCGUCGUGUCUGCUCGAGUGGCACCCGUACGCCAAGGACCGGACGAUGGGCCUCAACCACCAGCUCGCGUCGCUCUCCUGCGCGCUGGCCGAGGCGCACCACCUCGGCCGCACCCUCGUGCUUCCGCCCAGCAUGUGCCUCUUCGGGCUGCACACCGAGCGCUGGUCGGGCUCCGACGCUCCUGGCGGACGGUGCGUGCCGAUGGGCGACCUGUUCGACCUCGAGCUUCUCUCGCGGCUCGUCCCGGUGGUGCUCGGCCCGAUUGAGAACCGGACCUCGCCGCAGCAGCUGCGCGGCGCGGUCGACGUGCGGCGCGGCCUCAAAUCGGCAGAGGUGGCGAGCCAGCACCCGUGCGCGAGGGCGCCGGUGGUGCGGCGGCGCGUGGACAACUUUUGGUUCACGAUGUGCUCGAAGCGCAUCGCCGACUCAGACUCCAUCAUGGGCGCGCUGCACGCCGCGCUCGGCUCUCCUCCGUCCGCAAAGAGGCGAGAGCCGGGCACCGUAGGCGUCCCCUCCCUCGACCCCUCGGCCGGCUCUCGCACGCCGCCCCCUCCGCCCCUCCCCAGGCCGCUCAACGUCCUCCUCCGCUCGGGCCUCUUCUACUCUCAGCGCAUCAAGCGCGCGGUCCGCGCCGUGCAGCGCUCCAUCGGAGGCGCGUCCGGCAGAUGGGAUCCGGCAGACUCGGAUUCCUUGCGCGCGCUGUCCCGCGAGUACUACUCGGUGCACGUGCGCCGCUCCGACAAGCUCACCGCGUGCGACGUCAGGCAACAGCAGGCCGAGCAGCGCUCGCGCGGCCAGCUCGACUACGUCGAGCCUCCGAAGGACGUGAGGGUCGUCGGCGAGUGCAAGGUGCGCGACCAGCUGACGCGCCCCGAGGGACUGCGCCACGCGCUCUCUCUCUGGUUCCCGGAGCAGAGCCGCGUCUACAUCGGCAGCACCGAGCGGCCAGACUUCUUUGCGCCGCUGCGCUCGUCGUUCCGGCUCUACUUUGCCGAGGACUUUGGGCGCGCGCUCGCGAACGUGAGCAACAACUACGAGCUCUACGCCGUCGAGACGCUCCUCUUCUUCGGCUCGAGCGGCACCGUCGAGACGCUCGGCUACGCCGCCUCGUGGGUGCAGGACGCCUGCUUCCCGGCGGCGAGGCUGCGGGCCGAGUCUCGCUCAGGCCGGCGGGCGGCGAGGAUGCUGCCGCGCCACGCCAACGGGAGCGGCGGUGUGCGAGUCGAGUGCGUCGACCGGUUCGGCCUGGUUGCCAACGGAGUGCGGUACGGCCCCGCUUGCGUGGACAACCCGCCGUGCGGCAAGGCGAUGCCCCCCUCCCCCCUGAGAGUGCUCGAGCUGGAGGCGCUGCUCGCUCGGAGAGAGCUCGACCUCACCCGCUACAAGAACCGGCUGCGCGAGCAAGAGAUGGCGGCGACGCUGGCCCAGAGGGAGGCUGCCGCGUCGGAGGGCUCGCGGUGGAGGAGGAUCGGCGGCGGGGAGGAGCAGCCGGCCCCGAGCACGAGGUAG